CAUGAAGAGGAAUAAAAGGAGCAUAAGCAUUGAUUUUGCCAUGAGAGAAUGGAGAUGGAAAUGAAGGGUUGACUUGUGAAGAUUUUUAAGGUCAACAAGAGAUUGCUUCUAACUCUGGAAGGAGACAUCAGCUUUUACUCUGCUACGCUACCAGAUUUGUUAUCACCACUUCAACCAAGGUUAUGGCAACUAUUUAUUAUUAUUAUUUGGCUCUUUUUUUUGAGAAAAUUAUUAUUUGGCUUAAUCACUUAAAAUAUCCAACUUUUUCAACAUUUUUAUUUAUGGCAUAACUUCUCAAAAAUGUUAAUUUUGGCCAGUACAUUUUAGCCGAUUAGACAUAUUAACAAAAGAAGAACAAGCCAAACUUUUGUUUAUUUAUGAUCAGUUUUUUUAUCAAUUAAAAGAUACUUAUUAAAAUUAGACUACAGUUGACGAAAUAUAAAGGUUAAUCAUAAAUGAAAAAGGUUUAGCCCUUUUCAGAAAAAUCUGAGUAAUUAGUUACAAUUGAAAUUUACUUUCGAAAUUAGAAAAAAAAAAGUUGAGUUUUGAAAGGUUGAUAUUUUUGAGUGAUAAAUCUUUAUUAUUAUUAUUAUUAUUAAUGCUGUUGCUUAACUCAUUCAUAUGAUUUUUUGUUAAGAAAUAUGAAUAACUCAUUUUUUUGUUAAUGUUGAGCUAUUCAUUUGGCUUGAUUUACUUGUUGCCACCUUUUCUGUAGGAGUUAAACUUGUAAAUUAAGGUCUAGACGGGUGGUUUUGGGUUCAUUCAGCUACUAGGUAUAUAUUUUGGGCCUAAAGGUAAAUAAUGAGCAACAAGUAAAAGAUGGUCCGCAUUGGAAAAGCCAUCUAAGUUACACAUAAAAUCCCACAUCGUCCAAAUAAAUGCUUUCAUAAGACUUAAUAAACAAAUGAACCAACAGCUACAUUCGUCCCUUCGGGGACAUCCGAUAAAAUUGGAACGAUACAGAGAAGAUUAGCAUGGCCCCUGCGCAAGGAUGACACGCAUAAAUCGAGAAAUGGUCCAAAUUUUUUUAUGAAAAAAAUCUAUGUUUAUUUCAGUUCGUCUCUGCUGUUCCAUGUUCCUGAUCUAUCUUUAAACUUUAUACAUUCAAUUGAACUCUGCUGCUCUAUGUUCUUGAUUUUUUGCCCUUAAUCUUUGUUAAAUUCAAUUGAUCUCUGCCGCUUAUGUUCUUGAUUUUUUGUUUAUGAUGUGCAUUAACGGCUUCUUUAUAGCUUUUGUUAGUUCAUAUGUUCUUUCUUCUUAGAUGUCAGCUUCAAGAAAGAGAUAUUUAGUUUAUAUUAUUAAUUUCUUGAUCUAUUUUUCAGAUAUAUUGGAUCAGUUUUUUGCCAAUUAUAAAUCAAAAGUGAACAAAAAUCUCUGCAUAAUUCAGUUCAUUUCUACUGCUCCAUCUUCCUGCUAUGGUUUCUAAAAAUCAGUGUCAUAUUCAGCUUUAACAGCUUCUUUAUAGCUUUUGUUAGUUCAUGAUUUCUAUUUUUUUAGGUGUCAGCUUCAAGAAAGAGAUAGUUUUUAUCUAUAAUUAAUUUCUUGAUCCAUCUUUCAGACAUAUUGGAUCAGUUCUUUCCCAAAUUAUAAAUCCAAAAGUGAACUUCAGUACCUAUUUGGAUAUUAGCCAGAGAAAGGAUUGUAACUUCAUAUGUUAAAUUAAAACAUAGGUGAUUAUUAUUGCUUGAAAUUUAAUGUGGAGCCUGGUAGCAUAAGUUAUAUCUGAUGCAGUUACAUUAUUAGCAUCAUUAAAACAAUGAAAAACACACUUAAAAAAUCACUGCUCAGUUUCGGAUUUGAGUCAGUUGGCGAAGAGUUGGAGCUAAGAACGACAUUGUCAAUUACCGGGCCACAUAAGACUCCGUCACUUCUUUGUCCUUGAUUGAGGCCAGUGAAGCUGAUGGAAAUUAAAUUUGCAUCUGCUUUAAAAUUUAAGGAUUGAUUUUGAGCUGAGCCAGUGCCUUUGUUUUGUAGGGUAAAAUUCUGGUUAGUUUUCCCUACUUGAGCUUGCAGUAUGAGAUCCCCGAUACAGAGUCAUUAGCAUCCCCCGUUAUGAAUUCUAAACUGUAGUCGGCCCCUUAUGUCCUUAAAUAGUUUUUAUGUUCAAUUUUGUUUUUUGGUUAUCCCAUCCGGUUUUCAGGGCUUCGCUCUGAUUAAUCCAGAUACGGCAUGUCGCGCACCUGACAUGGUGGGUGAAUCUACGAGUGGGGAUUUUCUACAUUCACAAGACUCGAACCUGAGACCUUGUUCAUUUAAAAAAAAACAUUAUUAUAUAGUAUAUGAAAAGAAUUAGGAAAUAAAUAUUUUCUAGAUUGAAUUAGGAAAACGAGUUAUACUAAUAAUAUUAAGGGGCGUUAGUAUAUAUACUCACCCGAACACUAAUUAAAAGAAAAACGAAAACAACACAACACAACGACUGAGCUCUAUAACUAUGGGCAAAAGGAAGUCGGCGACGUACGGUUGUGACGAUCGUGAUUGCCGUCGCCGCCGCGGUCGAAGAGACCGGAUUAUUUCUCAAGAAGAAAUUGACGAGUACGUGGCUGAUAAAGCUCAACGGAAGGCACUGAGAGUCGCUAAAAAAUUGAAGCUGGAUUCUUCUGCUGUGUACUCCAGUAAUUCAAAUCUGUUUGGAGAUUCGAAUCUCAAUGAAAAAUUUGUAUGGAGAAAAAAGAUUGUACGCGAUGUUGCUAAUGGCGUCCCGCUUGAAAACUUGUCGAUUAAAGACGAGAAGCUGAAUCAGAUUGAAAAAAUGGCGGAGAUUGAAAAGGUUAAAAAGAGAAGAGAAGAGAGAGCACUUGAGAAGGCACAACAUGAGGAAGAAAUGGCAUUGCUUGCGAGAGAGCGUGCAAGAGCUGAGUUCCAUGACUGGGAGAAAAAAGAAGACGAGUUCCAUUUUGAUCAAAGCAAAACAAGAUCACAAAUCAGAUUGCACGAAGGCCGAACCAAGCCCAUAGAUAUCCUAUCAAACCACCUUAAUGCAUCAGAUGAUAUGGACGUUGAGAUAAAUGAGCCCUUUGUAAUUUUCAAGGGCUUGGCCGGAACGGAAAUUGAAGAGCUUCGUGAUGACAUCAAAAUGCAUCUCGAUAUGGAUAGGCAAACUCAAAUGCAUAUUGAGUAUUGGGAGGCGCUUCUAGUGGUCUGCAAUCGGGAGCUGGCUGAAACCCAGAAGAAGGAUGCACUGGAUCGUGCUAGGGUGCGUGGGGAGGAGCCUCCUGCUGAGUUGCUUGUGGAUGAGAGGGGUCUGCAUUGUAGUAUUGAAUCAGAUAUUAGGAAUCUCUUGGAAGAUAAAACUUGUAGUGAACUUGAGAACAUGCAGUCCCAGGUUGAAUCACAAAUGAGUUCUAGCACAGCCAAGGUAGUUGAGUACUGGGAGGCUAUUUUCAAACGACUUCAGAUAUACAAAGCAAAGGCUUGCUUGAAGGAAAUUCACUCUAAGAUAUUGCGCAAAUAUUUACGCAGUCUUGAGCCACAUUUUGACAUCCCCGGGAGUUCGAAACAAGAUCAUAGUUUAACGCAUAGUCAGGAGGUGGAGGAGGAUGAACAUGGGAAUAAGGAUGCUGAAACAUUCUUUCCAGAACCUGUGAUGAACCAUGAUAAUCAAGAGGCAGAAGAAGAAGAAGAAGGGUCCUUUUCACCUGAAUUGCUACAUGGUGAUGAAAAUGAAGAAGCCGUUGAUCCUGAAGAAGACAGGGCUAUAUUAGAAAGAAAACGAAUGGCUGUUUUAGAGGAACAGCAAAGAAGAAUGCAAGAGGCCAUGGCAUCAAAGCCACCCCUACCAGAAGAUAAUCUUGAGAUCAAAGCCAUGAAAGCUAUGGGAGCUAUGGAGGAAGGUGAUGCAUCAUUUGGAUCUGGUGCGGAAGUGAAUUUGGAUUCGCAGGUUUACUGGUGGCAUGAUAAGUAUCGACCAAGAAAACCCAAAUAUUUCAACCGUGUUUACACAGGAUAUGAGUGGAACAAGUAUAAUCAGACGCACUAUGAUCAUGACAACCCACCCCCAAAGAUCGUGCAAGGAUAUAAGUUCAAUAUCUUCUACCCAGACCUCGUUGACAAGAUAAAGGCCCCGACUUAUACCAUUGAGAAAGAGGGGAACAGCGAUGAGACUUGCAUUAUACGGUUUCAUGUCGGACCACCUUACGAAGAUAUCGCAUUCCGAAUUGUCAACGAAGAAUGGGAAUACUCUCACAAGAAGGGUUUCAAGUGCACAUUUGAACGAGGAAUUUUACACGUUUACUUCAACUUCAAGCGCUACAGAUACCGCAGAUGAUUCCUUUUAAAGUAUCGGGCCAUGGUAUCGACUUAAAAUUUUAAUGCAUUAUACUAUGUCGACAUGCAGCCUGAUCUUGUCGCGAAGAUCACUGGAAUGCUUCUGGAGAUGGGCAUGGACAAUGCAGAACUGUUCCUAUUAUUGGAAUCACCGGAUUCAUUAGCUGCAAAGGUGGAGGAAGCUGUGUAGGUGCUCAAGAUUUCUAAUAAACCCACGACCUAUGUUUAUUUCAGUUCAUCUCUGCUGUUCCAUGUUCCUGAUCUUUUGUCCUAUAAACUCAUAAACUUUAUUACAUUCAAUUGAAUCUGCUGCUCCAUGUUCUUGA